GCAUCAGGGAAAACGACAUGUGCUUUCAGUGAGAUAAGUCACACCUUGGUGAAAUAGGUCUCUCGUUUUGGACGUUACAAUGAGGACUCGUAAUGGAUUAUUACCUUUGUUUCUAAUUCUGUCUGUUGUGAAUGGGGAUAUUACAUUCUCUUCUUACUAUGGCGACCAUAUGGUUCUCCAGCGAGGUCCCAAACAUGCCAUCAUUACUGGACGAGCAACUAGGAUAGGCGAUACUGUAACAGUAACAGUUGGUAACGGUGUUGCCCAAGGAACCGGCAAGGUAACAAAGGCAUCGGACGGGAAAGGAUUCUGGAAGGUCAAGCUAUCAGCGGUUACCCAGAAAGGCCCCUUUGCCGUGACUGUCACAUCGAGCGAAGGAAGCAAGAGUCUCCAUGAUGUGUUGUUUGGUGAUGUCUGGGUCUGUUCCGGACAGAGUAACAUGGAGUUUAACAUGUAUCAGGUUAUGAAUACUACAAAUGAAAUACAGAGUGGCUUAAAGUUCACUGACAUACGCCUAUUCAAGACGGAGCAUGUGACAUCAUCAACACCACUCGUGGAUAUACAGAAGGUCAAGAUACCUUGGACAACGCCGAAUUCAAAGGACCUGAACGGAUUUUCAGCAAUAUGUUUCAUGUUUGGAGAACGCAUGCACCCUCACCUGAACUACCCUAUUGGAUUAGUGGAGUCGGACUGGUGGGGCACUAGCAUCGACUGGUGGUCCUCUCCAGAAGCAGUUGCCAAGUGUAGCAGCCAGGGAAAACGAGAGUCUCCAAAGAACUUCGAAUUGUGGAAUGCCAUGAUCAGCCCACUUCUCCCCCUGUCGAUAUAUGGUGUUCUUUGGUAUCAAGGAGAAAAUGACGCCGGCCAUGCGAGUAGAUACGCCUGCAGUUUCCCAACGAUGAUCGAAGACUGGAGAAAACACUGGCACCAACAGUCAAUGGGGGAAACCGACGCCGACCUGCCGUUUGGAUAUGUACAGCUCGCUGCCUUCAGAAAUGACAGCAACUAUCGCGGCGGUUGGCCGGACACCCGCUGGGCUCAGACAGCUAACUAUGGAUAUGUUCCUAACCCGAAGAUGAAGAAUGUCUUCAUGGCUGUAUCCUUGGACUUACCUGACUUUUCAUCCCCUUGGGGGCCAGUGCACCCUCGCUUCAAGCAGGACGUGGCUUCCCGUCUGAUUCUACCAGCCCUAGCAGUAGCCUAUCACAAGACAGGACUAGAUUAUAAAGGACCCUUCCCGUCUUCAUAUACAGUUGACAAUGCGGCCGAGACACUCACUAUUGAGUUCAGUAAUGGGAAGACGCCGAUUGAAGUCAGGAACAACCACGGUUACGAGGUAUGCUGUUCUGGGCACAAGACCUGUCAAUCCCUUGACGUCUGGAUAGCUGCUCCUAUAGUAAGUCACGACAUAGCGUCAGUUACGUUGUCGACAUCGGGCUGCAACAACAACCUCCAUCCUGCCGAUGUCCGUUACCUAUGGUGGGAGAGUCCAUGUCCUUUGAGGUCGUGCGCUGUAUAUGGCAGGGACAACGAUCUUCCUGCACCACCGUUCAAAACAUCCAACGGACUUUAGGGACUGAUUGGAAAUAUUCUCUUCAAAUAAAAUAUAUGAAUAAUU